ACCAAGAGACUGAAGAGGUUGAAGAAAGAAGACUGCAAGAGAUUGAAGAAAGAAGACUGCGAAGAGGAUGAAGAAAGAAGACUGCAAGAGGAUGAAGAAAGAAGACUGCAAGAGGAUGAAGAAAGAAGACUGCAAGAGGAUGAAGAAAGAAGACUGCAAGAGGAUGAAGAAAGAAGACUGCAAGAGGAUGAAGAAAGAAGACUGCAAGAGGAUGAAGAAAGAAGACUGCAAGAGGAUGAAGAAGAGAAGACUGCAAGAGGUGGGGAUGAAGAAAGAAGACUGCAAGAGGGAGUGAAGAAAGAAGACCUGCAAGAGGAUGAAGAAGAAGAUGCAAGAUAA